AUGGCUUCCGCGCUGAGCCUGGGCAAAGAAACGGUGUUGGAAGAUGGAAUGCCACCUGCCAAAAAGCCCAGGAAGCUGCUGCCAAGCCUCAAAACCAAGAAGCCUCGGGAGCUUGUUUUGGUGAUCGGGACGGGAAUUAGUGCAGCAGUUGCUCCCCAGGUCCCAGCGCUGAAGUCUUGGAAGGGGUUAAUCCAGGCCCUCCUGGAUGCUGCGAUUGACUUUGAUCUCCUGGAAGAUGAAGAGAGCAAACGGUUUCAAAAGUGUCUCUGUGAAGACAAGAACUUGGUUCACGUUGCCCACGACCUUAUCCAGAAGCUGUCUCCGCGCACAAGCAACGUUCGCUCAACCUUUUUCAAAGACUGUUUAUACGAGGUGUUCGAUGACCUGGAAUCUAAAAUGGAAGAUUCUGGGAAGCAGCUGCUUCAGUCCGUGCUUCAUUUAAUGGAAAACGGGGCACUCGUGUUAACCACAAACUUUGAUAACCUGCUGGAACUGUACGCGGCGCACCAGGGGAAGCAUCUGGAGUCUCUUGACCUGACUGAUGAAAAGAAGGUGCUGGAGUGGGCGCAGGAGAAGAGGAAGCUCAGCGUCCUGCAUAUCCACGGCGUUUACACCAACCCCAGUGGCAUCGUGCUCCACCCAGCCGGGUACCAGAACGUGCUGCGCAACACAGAGGUCAUGCGAGAGAUCCAGAAGCUGUAUGAAAAUAAGUCGUUCCUGUUCUUGGGCUGUGGUUGGACUGUUGAUGACACCACGUUUCAGGCCCUGUUUUUAGAGGCUGUGAAGCACAAGUCAGACCUGGAGCACUUCAUGCUGGUACGGAGGGGAGACGUGGAUGAAUUCAAGAAGCUCCGUGAGAACAUGCUGGACAAAGGGAUCAAAGUGAUUUCCUACGGAGAUGAAUACACGGACUUGCCCGAGUACUUUGAGAGGCUGACGAGCGAGAUCGCCCUGCGGGGUCGAACAGGUGUGCCCAAGGAGGGACAACAGCUCAACGGCUCUGCUGCUGCCCACGCCGGGAUGAAAGGUAAGGCUCUCCGGAGUCGGGAGGAGCUUUUCCGCUCCCGGGAGCCUCUGGGGCAGGUUUUGCAGAGGCUUUUGCUCUCCCUGCAGGAUGCAGCACUUGAGCACCAGCGUCACCCCAGCACCUGUGGACUCCCUGGGAUGCCCUGA